AUGAUUCGAAGCUUGGUGGCUCCAACGCAAGUGGUACAGCCCACACUGCAGAAGCGAGACGAAGAGCGAUUAGGCAAAAUAGGAGUCAAAAAUCAAGAGCUCUACGAAGCUUACCUCGAGUAUCGUACCAAGGCCAGAGCUCAAGAGAAGCAAAUUGAGCAGAUGGUUACAUUCAACGAGUUCCAGGCGCAAGAGAAUAAAAUUCUGGAAAGCACGAACCUGAGGCUUCGCGAGCAAGUAAUGCAGCACUCUUACGCCGCCAAACAGAUCAGAGAUGCAGCCGACGAGGCGGUCGCAGCAGCAAAGCAGAAAGUAACGGCUGUUCAAGACAAGGGAGAGUCCGUGGCGAAGUCGUGCAGAGAUUAUGAGAAGCAGAUUGAAAGGCUCGAGUCUACGAUCCGCAACAUGCAGGCUGCCCAGCUGCACGCGGUGGAGUCGACGCAAUGGGCGCCGCUGCCGACCUUCGAGAUCGAGCAUCGACUCAAGUUGCUACAUUCCGGCGUUCGGCAGUGGGCUGAGAGCAACUCCGGGUUGACGCUUGAGCAAGUUCUUGAUCCUGAGCGCUUCAAGUCUACCAUGCAGGCACUUAUGCUUCGAGGAUGCAUCCAACCUGAUGCGAGGCUGCGCGAAUGUCUACUUCGGAACAGAGCCAUGCUAAAGCCCGGGAAGGCAUCGCAAGUCUUGCUCACUGCUGCAGUGUCCUUUGAUAUCUUGUCCAAGAUCAUUGGUGAUCCAUUCUUCGCAUUCGUGGGAGGCAUGGAUGACUGUGUCCUCCGGAAAUGCCACGGUGCAGAUAUUGAGAUUCUGCUGGGACUGAUCAGAAAUAGUGACGAGGCCGGAGCGGAGGCUUUGAGAUGCCAGCUCUUACGCUUGCUUGACCCGCCGACCGCAGAGGCAGACUCUAGCGUAGCUUUCGUGAAGGAUCUCGUUAAGGAGAGCCGUCAUAGAGCUAUGGUUGAGGUCGUCAAUAGCGCAAUAGAUGAGUUCAUGGGACCUCUUUCGAACGAGCAGUAUGAACAUGCAUACAAUGGCCUUGCGGCCCUCGUCCAUGACGCCUGCGAGCUUUCGUGGGCUUUGUGGACACGCAAGGCACGUGUGGAGGUGCACAACUGGAGCUCGAUCAAGCAUCAGACCAACUCGAUGAGCUACAAGUCUACAUCAGAUGUCUUUGAAGUUCAUCCUCUGCACAAGCGAGAUCUCGAGCACACUCCGGAGGCUCUUGAUGGCCAUAGCAUCACUCUGCUCUGUACCCCGCUAGUGCUAGUUGCUGGCAAUGCCGAAGGAGAGCAGUACGAGAAUAAAGCUGUUCUCAAGAAGGCGAUUGUUUGGAUAGGCUGA